AUCUUUUCUCUUUCAUAUAUUUUGUUUUAUUUACAAAAAAAAAAAAAGAGUCAUGUUGGUUGCGUUGUUGGUAUCGCUCGUCGUGAUAUUCGUGACCCUCAUGGUGAGAGUCCUAUACGACACCGUUUCUUGCUACUGGCUGACGCCGAGACGGAUAAGGAAGAUGAUGGCACGGCAAGGGGUCACCGGUCCGAGCCCACGGCCCCUCACCGGAAACAUCGUCGAGAUCGCCUCCAUGGUGUCUCGGUCGCUGGCCAAUGACUGCGACUCUAUCCAUCACGACAUCGUCGAUCGCCUUCUCCCUCAUUACGUGGCUUGGUCCAAACAAUACGGGAAGAGAUUCAUAGUGUGGAACGGGACGGAGCCAAGGCUAGUCCUGGCGGAGACGGAGAUGAUAAAGGAGCUGCUAACGAGACACAACGCCACGACGGGGAAGUCGUGGCUGCAGCAGCAGGGCGCCAAGAGCUUUAUAGGACGCGGCCUCCUCAUGGCCAACGGCGAUGACUGGCACCACCAGCGCCACCUCACCGCUCCCGCUUUCUCCGGCGACAGACUCAAGGGGUACGCGGGGCAUAUGGUUGAGUGCACGAGGAGGAUGAACGAGAGGAUGAGGAAGGAGGUCGGGGCAGGCGGCGGAGAGAUAGAGAUAGGGGAGGAGCUUCAUCGCCUCACGGCCGACAUCAUAUCGAAGACAAUGUUCGGCAGCAGCUACGACAAAGGCAAGCAGAUAUUCCAACUUCUCUAUACCCUCCAACGCCUCUGCGCUCAAGCCACUCGCCAUUUCUAUUUCCCCGGCAGCAGAUUUUUUCCGAGCAAGUACAACAGAGAGAUAAAAUCUCAGAAGAGAGAGGUAGAAGGUCUGCUGAUGGAGAUCAUACAGAGCAGACGAGACUGCGUGGAGAUUGGACGGAGCAGUUCGUACGGGAACGACCUCCUGGGGCUUCUGCUGGACGACAUGCACAAGAACAAGAGCAAGAACCACCUGAAUCUCCAGCUCAUAAUGGACGAAUGCAAGACUUUCUUUUUCGCCGGCCAUGAGACCACCGCCCUGCUCCUCACGUGGACCGCCAUGCUCCUCGCCGGAAAUCCUACGUGGCAGGACAAGGUCCGCGACGAAGUCCGCCAGGUUUGCGGCCCUGAUGGUGUCCCCUCCGUCGACCAUCUCCCUAAGCUCACCACGUUGAACGUGGUGAUAAACGAGUCUCUGAGACUCUAUCCGCCAGCAACUCUUCUGCCAAGAAUGGCGUUCGAGGACAUAAAGCUCGGCGAUUUGAUCAUCCCCAAGGGCUUGGCGAUUUGGAUUCCCGUCCUCGCGAUUCACCACAGCGAAGAAUUAUGGGGCAAAGACGCCAACGAGUUCAAUCCGGAGCGGUUUAUGACCAAAACGUUCGCGCCAGGCCGUCAUUUCUUACCGUUCGCGGCCGGUCCAAGGAACUGUAUCGGUCAGACGUACGCAAUGAUGGAGGCAAAAAUAAUACUGGCGAUGCUGAUCUCCAAGUUCAGCUUCACCAUUUCGGAGAAUUACAGGCAUGCUCCGGUCGUUGUGCUUACCAUAAAGCCUAAGCACGGCGUUCAAGUGAUAUUGAAGCCAUUGGACUCGUGAAGGGUUUUGUUACCAUAUGGAAGAGGAAAAGGAUAGGGGUUGCUGGAUCAUCCUUUUUUUUAGGGUUUUGGGUUUUCGGAAUUCCUGAGUAAAAUAAGGGAUCAUGGGGUCAAUUUUGUUAGGGGUAUAAUAAGACUAAAUUGUGUUAUUUUUUCCCCAAAAAAUGAUGAGUUUCCUUUUGGUUUGUGUUA